AUCGCGAGAUUUUGUCAGAGUCGCGCCGCUCCAGUCAGAGUGCCCCGCGGUGUGAUGAAGUCGGCCAUGUCGUGGUAGCGGCGAGCAGAGCAGCAGACAGACGGACGGACGGACGGACGUAGAGGAAAAAAGGGAGAGAAGAGUUGAAAGCACAGAGCGGAGGAGAGGAUCUCUGAGCGAGGGACAUACCUGCGCACCAGAGGCGGUGUUUGUGGCCCGUAAUCGGCGCGUUGCUGUUGCGGCUGUGGGUGUAGAGUGAAGCGCGGCGGCAGGAUGAGCGGAGGCACUCCGUACAUCGGCAGCAAGAUCAGCCUGAUCUCCAAGGCCGAGAUCCGAUACGAGGGCGUCUUGUACACCAUCGACACCGAGAACUCCACCGUCGCCCUCGCUAAAGUCAAAUCAUUUGGCACCGAGGAUCGUCCUACAGACAGGCCGGUUGCUCCCCGCGAUGAUGUCUUUGAAUACAUCAUCUUUAGAGGGAGUGAUAUUAAAGACUUGACCGUUUGUGAGCCACCAAAGCCCAACUGCUCUUUGCCCCAGGACCCGGCCAUCGUACAGUCAUCUCUGAGCUCGACUGCAACUCCUUCUUUCCAGCCGGUGGGCUCCUAUGCUGCUUUCAGCCGGACACCUGUUCAUGCAUACAGCCAGUUCCCUACCCCCCUGGUGCCUCAGCCCCUCGGGAGCGCUGUUGGUGCAGGAAGUUCAGGGUCCGCGUUCAGUAACGACACGAGCGUAACCGCCGCUCUGUCCCAGAGCACUGUCCCCUCGGACUCUGUCUCUCUGAACACGCGCGUGACCGAAGCUACCCCCAACCCUUCCCUGGACCCCCUGCGGAAGAGCCCCACCCUGGAGCACCCAGCGCAGCCCGCGCCUAAAGCUCCCUCUGCUGCAGCUGGCUCUGUGAGUCAGAGGAGUCCCGGAGGAGGCAGAUCCACUCUCGGCUCCCAAAAACACCCUGCUGAGAGCCAUGAGCACACCAGAGUGACCGAUGCUGAGAAGGCGCCCCGACCAGAAUCGGACUUGGGCAAAACUGAGAACCGUGACGCCAUCAAACGCCAGCUGGGUGCCGGUGCUCCUUUAGUGCGAAGAGGUAGAGGAGGAGGUGGAGGAGGCGGUGGUGGUGGAAUCCAGCGCGGACGGGGCCGGUUCAACGUGCGCAGGGAUGGAGCGAUGAAGUUCGAGGAGGAUUUUGACUUUGAGAGCGCAAACGCCCAGUUCAACAAGGAGGCGAUCGACCGCGAGUUCCAGAGCAAGCUCAAAAUUAAAGAUGAGAAAGCGGUGAACGGAGAGGAUAAAGGUGACUCGGGCGUGGAGACACAGAACAGCGAGGGCAACGUAGAUGAGGAAGAUCCACUGGGACCCAACUGCUACUACGACAAGUCCAAGUCUUUCUUCGACAACAUCUCCUGCGACAACUCCAGAAAAGAAAAAGAUGGAGUGGGCAGUCGGCGGAGGAAGACCUGGGCCGAGGAGAGGAGAAUGAACGAAGAGACCUUUGGCAUCCCCCUGCGCCAUAACCGCGGUCGCGGGGGCUACCGGGGAAGAGGAGGAGGCAUGGGCUUCCGCGGUGGCCGGGGCCGUGGGGCCAGCCGAGGCUCUUUCGGACCCCCUCGCGGCGGUGGCGGCUCUGGCUUUAGAGGAGGGUUCAGAGGAGGCCGGGGUGGCAGAGAGUUCUCAGACUUUGAGUACCGAAAGGAGAACAAAGUGGCAGCGUAGAGAUCGUAAAGGACGACCGCGCCGGCCCCGUCGGACCGGAGCUCCGCUUUUCCUUCCUGCCUCAUAGACUGUCUGUUUCUGUCUAUCCCAAAACCUGGACUCACCCCUCCUUUCUGCUAUCUCUCGCUUUUUUAGGGGAAAAACAAAAAAAAAAAAAAAAACCAAUUUGGAAGGCAAUCUUUUGAUCUUUUCUUUCAUAUGCCCACAGAGGGGACGAGGACUUUGUGUACAAUAUCCGUAAAUUCAGUAGAAUUAUUAUUGUUGUUAUUAUUAUUAUUAUUAUUAUUAUUAUUAUUAUUAUUCAGUAUUUUUGCAUCAACAUUUUAGUUCCUUUCUUACAAAAAAAAACAAGAAAAGAAUUAAAGAAUUGUAUUUGAUAAUGUUCCUGUUAGGUGUACAAACGUAUGCAGACGCCCGCUGAUACUGUGAGCCCCAUCAGUGAAAUAGCUUUAUUUUUAUUGGUUUUCUUUUCUCUAACGUAUCUUAUAGAAGCACCAAAACUCUGUAUUAUACAUACCUAUAUAUCCUGUAGGGUCGCAGUGAAAGCUCGUCAGCCCUUACCGUUCAGCCGCAAGUGCAGUAGACUGCUGACGUAGGUUUCGAUGUGGGAGGGAACUCGUUUCCACAGCAUCCGUGUGGAAGGAAGGAAGGCAGGCAGGCGUCUAUACAGUCAGUGCUUUAUUUCGUAGACGAAAACCUUUUUCUUUCUUUCUUUGGUAGUAAUUAUUUAGUCCCCUGUAUUUUUUUUUCUAGCUGUGUAGUGCGGUCCAGCCCUUUUGUAAGGUCUUAUUACAUGUGAGGUCAAACAGCUCUAAUAUCUACCUGUAGCUCAUCUCGCGAGGCUGAACUUAAUUCAAAAUUAGCUCUUGAUUGAAUGUAUUGAUAACGCCGAUGCGGAUCUAUUAGCAGCGCACAGGGAAGAGGACGUGGCUUUGGUGUGAAUUGUUUUGAGUUUCUCGUCCUUUAAGGAAUUAUUCCCAGCUCUCUUUUACAGUGCCAUCGCAGACAGGAAGCUUUUUUUUUUUUUCUUUCCAGGACUAAUUUUCCCCCUUUUUUUUUCUUUCUUUUUUCAUAUUUUUAUGAGGCUGAAGAUGGGGUGUGCACAUUUGCUUACAUUUCUUUUGAUAACUGAGUGCCAGUGAUUAUUGCCUUUCGAUUAUGUAGAUGUCUCUUUGUUGUAGUUCAGCAGGGCUCUUUGAUACCGUCGCAAAUUCGCAGUCCUUCACGGUUUAGGAUUGUGACAUGAAUUUGAAGACGAGACGCUCUUACUUUCUUUUUUCUUUCUCUUUUUUUUUUUUUUGGGGUCCUCUAGCCACAGUUUUAAUGCCAAGGUCUUCAGGGAUAGUCCAGCACACCCUUUAAGAUUGGAUUGCAUUCGAAAACGUAUUCAUUUGCACUUUAACGUCGAACAACUCCACGAUGAGUCCAUUUUUUUCAGGAAGUUGCCCAACUUAUCCCCUCGUUCGCUUCUCUUAGGCUCUCAGUUAGUAGCUGUAAAUGAACAGACGCUGUGACGUGAAGCUACAGAACUCGCAAAGCAGGAUUUCUCGGUGAAGCCCGCUUUCACCCACAGCGAGGAACCUUUCGAGCUGUUUGAGGUUUUAAAGGACUUGACUGAUCUGUAGUGUACGAUGGGCUGUCAUGCCUUUGGCCUGUAGGCAGGAAAGGAAUAGAAAACUUGGCGUAAACAAAAUGAGCAGAUUGAACGCGAGUCCGCUGUUUUCCGAGCACUCGGGAGGUUAUCAGUGGCAGUCGACCAGUUGCUGCAGAUGGAGAUUCAGUUGAACAUGCUGGAGAAUUCCUCUUCAUCUGGCUGCUGUCAGCGCAGCUCUCAAAGCAGGGGUACAGCUAUUGGUACGGGUUCUUCCUCUGCUUGUUCCGAUCACUGAGUCCGGCCACGGAUCAGGACUCCCGAGACGCUCUUGGGAUGUUUCUGCUCGCGGUCGGAUCGCCAGGAUGCUGGUGACCACGAUCACAGACGUUAGGGUUCAGUCCAUCACAGCUUGACUCUCCUGCACGGUGUGUGGCAGUGUUGCUGCCCAAGGUGGUCAGCAGGUGGUCUCCCUCCUUUGGAAGUGAGUUUGAAUGAGUUUUUGUUUUUAAAUCCAUAAAACUGGGUUGGUCUGGUCAGUUCUUCUCCAAGCCAUGCUGUGGAUGACCGGCUGUGUUUUAUUGCUUGUUUUCUUUCUUUCUUUUUCCCUGAAUGUCGUGUUCGGAUUCAGUACCGGCGUUUGGGGAAUUUGGAUCUGAAUUUUUGUUUUUCUCCCCCUUUUUUUUUUCUUUUUCUUUCUCUUUUCUGAAAAAUAAAAAAUUAAUAAAAUAAGGGAUCUAAGCAUUGUGACGGGAGGCAGAGGAUGAGAUGUUUCCGAAUGUUUCACUUCGUUCCUUGUUUUAAUAUCUCUGAGAUGCAGUGAGGUUCCGUGUUCCUGUUGUGGCUAAUUUAACUGCGGUCACCUGUGUUGGCUAUAGUUUACUUCUUGUUGGCACUAAGUGACGAACCUUGCCUAGACGUGGCGUAUUGGUAGGCAGCUAGACGUUCAGAAUGAGCCGUUCUGAUUGGACGCUUUAUCGCUUGGAGCGCAGCAUCGAUGGGAAAUGCCUUAACGUGCCACCCGAAAACGAGUGUCGGGCUGUUUGUCGAAUGGCUCCCUGCUGCCCACACAGUGCACUGCAUAGGGCUUUUGAACCCUUUGGAGUGCACUAGGUCAGAUUUACUUUAUUUUUUGGACACAGCCUUGGUAGCACGUACUGCCCCGGGGAGGAAACGUCCGGCAGCCCUGGACUGAUGCAAUAAUCUCAUUACUAUUAAGGACACCCCCUGUGCUCGUAUGAGAUUUCAGACUGUACAUAAAGUUUUCGUUUUGUAAAGGUGAUAAAGGAUUGUUUUCUCUCUCCAAGACUUCUGGAAGAAAUUUGAUUGGCUUUUGUUUUUCUGAAUAAAGCAAUUGUACAGCAUGGUGUACUUUCAGUGGCCAGAUUGAGGUUUUUAUUCAGACACGAGAAAUAAAUAGUUGUUCAAAAUG